CUCCAAGUGAGUGCUCUUCCUGGGUUCUAUGUUCUGAGAUGGAAUUACUCUGAUGACCCCUCUGAACAGUGCCUAUUUAAAAAUGCAUCCUGGGAGUCAUACAGAUAAAUGGACACAAAUCCAAAACUGUGAAAAUGUCAAAACUACCCACUGUGCCAUUCCACAAGCGGUUUUUAUGAACGGAAUUUACUUUAUCCGAGUCCAAGCUUCUAAAGGAAAUGCUACAUCCUUUUGGUCUGAAGAAAAAAAAUUUGAUACUGCCAUGCAAACUGUCAUACUUCCACCAGUCGUUAAGAUGAAAUCCAACAAUGAUGGUUCACUGCACGUCUACAUCGGUUCUGCAAAAGAUCCUGAAAACAAGCCCGUGGACCAGGAUUACCCCCUAAUUUAUGAAAUUAUAUUUUGGGAAAACUCUUCAAAGGUUGAGAAAAAGUAUCAAGAGAAAACUGAUUUUACCAUUAGUCAUUUGAAAAUGCUGACUGUCUACUGUGCCAAAGCCAGAGCGCUCGUCGUAGAUAAAAAAUGGAAUAAAAGCAGCAUAUUCAGUGAUAUUUCCUGCGAGGAAACAAAGCCAGGAAGCACUUCAAAGAAUGCACUUACAGGUGCAAUUUUCUUUGCAUUACUUUCAUUUGCAGCUGUUAUUUACCUUGUUAUUUGCCUCAGGAAAAAAAUCUGUUACGUGCUUUUCCCAUCGAAUAAACCUUCAACUUUAAAUGAGGAUUUCUCCAGAAAAUCUUUAACAAAUCUAGUCCUUGUCACUUCAGCGGAACAGACCGAAAGAUGUUAUAUCAUUGAAAACACAAACACUGUUACUGUAACCGAAGACAUUCCUCCAAUUGAGGAAAAUCACAAACAGUACAGUUCUGAGAGGAGUGAAGAUUCCGGGAACUUUUCUAAUGAAGAGGAAAAUAAAGCCAGUGAUCAGGAAUGAGAAACAGUGUGGGCAGAAGUGGUAUCUCAAGACUGCAG